ACAGCAGUGUUUACACUUUUACUUGUUUAGCGACGAAAAUGUAAAUAAAAUGUGCGACUAAGAUUUUGAAGGAUUUUUAUACUUAAAUAUUCCAGUUUUUCUAAAUGCUGCAUUAAUGUUGAAAUGUAAUUACGGUAGUCUAAUCUCGAGUUGACGCACCACUGGAGUGUCCAAGGGUUACCACUUCCUUAGUCUGUUGACAUUUGAGCUGGUGUUCGAGUCCAGACACAAUGUUCGGUUUGGAGCUUUUUUCUGCCACAACCUGGACAUUAGUGGCUCUCUUUUUCACUUUACUCUUAUUAUAUGGUGUUUGGCCAUAUGGACAUUUUAAAAAGUUGGGAAUACCAGGACCAAGGGCAUUGCCCUUUAUAGGAACAAUGAUGAUCUUUAGAAAGGGAUUUCUGUAUGCUGACAGGGAGUGCCACGCCAAGUAUGGAGACGUAUGGGGUUUGUUUGACGGCAGAACUCCCAUUUUAAUGGUAGCGGAUCCUGAGAUCAUUAAAGCUGUGCUGGUGAAGGAAUGCUACACGACCUUCACGAACCGCAGGGACGCCUUUGUAUUGGGGACGCUAAGCGAGGCCAUCACCAACGUCAAGGACGAAAAGUGGAAAAGAAUCCGCAGCUCCUUGUCGCCGUGCUUCACCAGCGGAAGACUGAAGCAGAUAUUUCCCCUCGUCGCUCGCUAUGCAGACCGACUGGCGGAGAGCCUCGAGAAAAAAGACUUAACCCAAGCGAUAGACAUCAAACAACUGAUGGCACCAUACAGUUUGGACGUCAUCACCAGCGCUUCCUUCAGUGUGGAGGCUGACUCCAUAAACAACCCAGACGACCCACUUAUUGUUCAUCUCAAAGAUGUUCUCAAAUUCCAAUUUUGGAAAAUAUUCCUACUGUUGAUUUUUCCCUUCCUCAAACAUAUUCUCAACCUUCUGAAGUUUGACCUCAUACCCACACGCCAUGUCAACUAUUUCUUUGACAUCAUUAAGAAGUUUAAAGACCAGCAUCACACAGAUAAGUCUGGUCAUGCAGAUUUCCUGCAGGUGAUGAUCCAGCAUGAGAUACCGCAGUCGGACAUAAAGAGUGAACAGGAGCAGCCAAGUAAAGGUAGGGAUCCCCCCCCCGAAAGACACCCGACGGUUCUCAAGCGCUUAGUACAUAUCAACCCUGUCAUCGCAGGCCUGACGGAACUUGAGAUCCUCUCACAAGCCUUCAUUUUCAUCUUUGGGGGGUUUGAGACCACCGCCGUCACCCUCACGUACCUGCUGUACAACCUGGUCGCCCACCCUGACGCCAUGAAGACUUUGCAAGCGGAGAUUGACGCCAAUGUUCCCACAGAUGCUCCCAUUUCAUACGAGACCCUGCUCAGUCUGGAGUACCUGGACAACUUAAUUAACGAGUCGAUGCGCGUCAUGCCGACCGCGCCACGACUUGAGAGGAUGUGCAAGAAAACCAUCCAGAUCGGCGAUCUCAUCAUCCCCGAGGGAACCUUAGUGGGCAUUCCCAUGAGUGUCCUCCAUAAGGAUCCUCGCUUUUGGAAAGACCCUGAGAGGUUCCAACCAGAGAGGUUCAGCAAAGACAACAUAGAAGAGGUGAACCCGUACGCCUUCAUGCCUUUUGGCCUCGGCCCUCGCAACUGCGUGGGGAUGCGCUACGCUCUCCUCACCAUGAAGAUGGUGGUCGUGCGUCUGCUGCAGAGCUACACCAUCGAGACGUGCAAAGAGAGCGUAAUACCGCUGGUGUUUGACUGGAUGCUAAGGCCGCAGAAGCCAGUGCAAUUCAAGUUUGUGCCCAGAAAGCUGUAGCUAAUAAGGGAUGAAUGAUGCUAACAUUAUGCUUUUCAAUGAAAAACCUUCCUUAUUUGAAUGUAUCUUGACAUUAAAAACACGCUGAUUCUUCUUCCUGUGGUAGACAGAUUGUUGGCAGAGCUUAUUUCACAAUGUGUAGCGAAGCCUGUUUUUUUUUUUUUUAAAUAAAGCUAUCCGUCAAGCA